UAGUUCACUACAAAUUGUUGUUUAUGUUCCGAGACAGUGUGAUGUUAUUGUCUUUCUGUGCCAAGUGGAAAUAAAAAAAAAAGAUGAAUUCUAUUGAGCUAGCUAUUGUGUGAGUAUCGACAUGACAAUUCAAACAAAAAAGCGCUGAUAAUGUUGUCAGCUGGGUACAGUUUUGAGUUGAUUCAUGUAUGCAAAGGAAUGUGACGUACAGUUUCUGAUACAGUUUCCAAGACCAAAUGAUCGAUGAGAAAUCCCUUAGUACUGCACAGAAGCAUGUGAGCGAUGCAUUUAAAGCAUUCCUUGUGUGAUACAUGUGUUACGGUCGGGACUGAGACGCUACAAAAGAGAGAGAGGGAUUGUGCUUCAUAACAGACCUCUGUGACUUCAGCGUUUACUUCUUGACUGGGUUUGAGCAGACAGCAUCUCUUAUUCAGGAUGAGAUUUUAAGAGCAUCUCACAGCAGAUGAGGGGCUGAAGUUCUGGCUUCUUUUAUCCCUCUUGGUCACCCCUCACAUUUACCAUCCUUAACCUUCCUUUCCCCCCCUCCAUGCCGUCUCUUUGAGAAUGGAUGGUAAACCAUUGGGACAGGCCAGCGUGAACUCCUCCUACAUUCCCACCAUCAUCUCCUCCAUGUCUGAUGAAGAGCAUCCUGAGGGUGAGGAGACGGGGGGCGACACCUCCCCGCUGCUCACCCGGCAGCAGCAGCCCACGGGACCCCUGGGGGCCCGUCACUGCCCGGAGGACUCCUAUAAUCGGGUGUAUAUCAUCUUCUUCCUGAUGGGUAUCGGCUCUCUGCUGCCCUGGAAUUUCUUCAUCACAGCCAAACACUACUGGCUGUACAAGCUGAGUAACAACUCCAGCCCUGCUGGCCAUGAGGAACAACACAAUGAACUCAGCGACUACUUUGAGAGUUACCUUGCCAUUGCUUCCACUAUUCCCUCAGUGGUGUGUCUCAUCAUCAACUACCUUCUGGUCAACAGGUUGUCCUCUCAGGUGCGGAUCCUCUUCUCUCUGUUUGUGAUCUUGCUUGUGUUUGUGGUGACCACAGUGCUGGUGAAAGUGGACGUGUCUGGCUCUAGGAUCCAGUUCUUUGAGGGAACACUGGUUAGUGUGGCGCUGGUCAGUGGAGCAUCCAACAUCUUCUCGGGCAGUGUGUUUGGCAUCAGUGGCCACUUUCCCAUGAGGAUAUCUCAAGCACUCAUAUCAGAAAGUAAUGAAAGUCAGAUGGCUUCGGAAGGUCAUGAGGGUCAGGCCAUGGGCGGCAUGUUGAGCGCAGUGGCUUCAAUAGUGGAUCUGGCUGCCGCCAGUGACGUGUCCAACAGUGCGCUGUUUUACUUCCUCACCGCUGAUGUCUUCACUCUGCUCUGUAUCUUCAUGUACCUGCUGCUGCCCAGACUGGCUUACUCACGAUACUACAUGGAAGUGGCUUCUAUAUCCUGUAGUGAGUCUAACACCCACAACAGCAGCUCAGACCCAACAAAUGUAUCUGUGCCACCCCUCAUACCAAUACUGAAGAAGAUCUAUGUGCUGGGCCUCUGUGUCUUCUACGUUUUCUUCAUCUCCAUCAUGAUAUUCCCCGCCGUCUCCUCUGGGAUCCAAUCAUUGAAUAAAGACUCUGGAAACCCCUGGACUUCUACGUACUUUGUGCCCCUCACUAGUUUUUUACUGUAUAAUGUCGCAGACUUCUGCGGCCGUCAGGUCACCGCCUGGCUUCAGGUACCGGGACCCACCAGUCGCAAACUGCCACUGCUGGUCCUCUUCAGAACUGUCUUGGUUCCGCUGUUCGUGUUCUGCAACUAUCAACCGCGGUACCACCUGCACAAUGUGUUUUUUGCACAUGACCUCUUCCCCGUGGUGUUCGUCUGCCUGCUGGGGAUUUCCAAUGGGUACCUGGGCACGCUUCCCAUGAUCUACGGGCCUAAAGUUGUUCCGCGGGAGUUGGCCGAGCCUGCUGGUGUCAUCAUGUCCUUCUUCCUCACGUUUGGGCUAGCUGUCGGAUCGGCCUUCUCUGUGGCACUGGUUCACUGGAUCUGAGUGCCAAUGACUGGCUGCCAAUUAGACUUUUAAAAAGUGCCACAGCAUGGACCAUUUACACUACAGCACCCAAUAACUAUCUGUUGCCAAGAACUAUUUUUAUUUGAUUUAAAACUUUUAAUACCUUGAUAUAAGUCUUUUUUGUUGUUACUCAUUUUAUUGUUCCCAUGGAGUUUAAAUCUAAAUGUUUUUUUAAUCUGUAAUUAAAAACAUUUGAAUUAAAGCAGUAUUGUUUUCAUUGUACUGUCCCCAAGCACAUGGGUAUAUUUUUUCUCUAUUUAAAUCUAAAUGUUUACUGAAUACUUAGAUUCAAAUUCCUUUUUAGGUCAAUUAAAAUGUAAUUUUACUGUCAUCUUUUAUUUAAAAAUAUAUAUUUAUAUGAUUUGGGGCCUUUGUAAUAAAAACAUUUUGAUAAAAAGCAGCUUUUUUCCCCCUUUGUAUUCCCAUUUCAGUGACCCCAGGCACAUGAAUAUAAAUUUUGUAUUAGUUUGAAUCUAAAUGUUUACCGAAUAUUUAAAUUCACUCUUUUUGAAGUCAAUUUAAAUGUCAUUUUAUUGUCAUCUUUUAAAAAAAUAUAUGAUUUUGGGACUCAAUUAAGUCCUUGAUUCAAAUUCCUUUUAAAUUUAAUUUAAUUGUCAUGUUUAUUAGGAAAAUAUACUAUAAUUUGGGGCUCAAGAUAGUCUUUUAUAAUAAAACAUUUGGAUAAAAACAGCAUUGUUUCUUUAACUCAUUUUACUGUCCCCAGGCACAAGACCCCAUAAAAUAAAAAUUGCUGUUUUGAGGGUUUAU